AGCCAGUUUUGUUCUUCUGUAUGAGAUUUAUCUCGUUUUAUUAUGGCUACAAUGUCCGGAGGAACAAACCUCGGCAUUCCCGGGGCAAGACUAGCCAGCUCCGGAACUUCCGCACACCGGAAAAAAGACAGCAGUCCGUCCGCUAGGUUCUGGGAGAGUCCGGAGACUUUAGCCCAGCUGGAGGUGGUGCGACAGUGGAUCGGGAAGCACUACAAAAAGUAUGUGCUGGUGGAUGCUCCUUCGUGUCAGGCUCUGGCUGCAGUCACCCUGCAGCUCCUCCAGUUCCAAGAGGAUGCGUUUGGCAGACAAGCGGCCAGUCCUGUUCUCUCCAAACUGCCUGCACAAAGCUUCCUGGACCUGCGACCAGCGGGUGGACUCUGCCACAUUCUUGGCACUGCCUACAAGUUUAAGGCAGAGCAAGGCUGGCGUAGGUUUGACUUGCAGAAUCCAUCACGAACUGAAAGGAAUGUUGAGAUGUUUGGUGCAAUUGGAAUAUCACUGAUCCAGAACAAGGGUAUGUCACUGCCUGUGGUAUAUGUGGACCCUACGCUGGACCAGGAGCUGGUUAGCAGACUUACAGAUGUGAUCGCCAAACACCAGGGUACGCUCACUGAGGACCGAACGCUCGCCAGUCACCACAUCUACCCCUCACCUGCUUCUAAAGAGGAAGAUGAAUGGAUGCGUCCUGUCAUGAGGAAAGACAAACAUGUUUUGGUACACUGGGGCAUGCACCCUGACAGUUAUGACAGUUGGCUGUCCUCAAGUGAUGUUGAAGGAGAGGUUGAAGAGCCACCACAUUCAGAAAAGCCGUGGCGGGUCCAUGCUGGCUGGGUUCUGGACACGGAUGUUUUCAACGAGUGGAUGAACGAAGAAGACUAUUGUGUGAAUGAGAGGAAUGUAGCUAUCAUUCUGCGCCGGCGUAUUCACCUCAGAGACGAGCAGGACUCCAAACACACCCCUUCAAAAAAGAGAAGACGCUCCAUCUCUCCUCCCUCUGAAGGCAGGAAGAAGGGAAAGAAGGGGCGAAGGCGUGGACCACAGGAGGAAGAGCCAGAAGAAGACUUGACCAAAGACAUGGAGGACCCUACCCCUGUCCCUAACAUGGAGGAAGUUAUUUUACCCAAGAAUGUCAACCUGAAGAAGGACAGUGAGAAUAUUCCUGUCAAAGGAGGGACCAUGACUGACCUGGAUGAACUGGAGGAUGAUUUCCCAGGAAGGGAAGAUGAGGAGGGAAGAGGGGAUAUACAUCGGCUUUCAGAAGGAGAAGACAACACCACAGAACAAACACAUCACAUCAUAAUACCGAGCUACACGUCUUGGUUCAAUAACAACAGCGUUCACUCGAUAGAGAAACGUUCGUUGCCUGAAUUCUUCCAUGGAAAGAACAAGUCAAAAUCACCAGAAAUCUACCUGGCAUACCGUAACUUCAUGAUCGACACAUACCGGCUCAACCCCCAGGAAUACCUCAGCUCAACGUCCUGCAGACGCAUCCUCACUGGAGACGUCUGCUCUGUCAUAAGGGUUCAUUCAUUUUUGGAGCAGUGGGGUUUGAUUAACUACCAGGUGGAUGCAGAGAGCAAACCCCUGCCCAUGGGACCCCCACCCACCCCUCAUUUCAAUGUAUUGAUUGACACACCGUCCGGGCUGGCCCCACUACAACACAAACCCCUGCAGGUGUCAGCCUCGCAGAACAUGUUGUUUUUCCAGGAAAAGAGCAGAGAGAAGCCUUCAGAAUGCCAGAACUUUGGUCUGCGCUCCGACAUCUACACCAAGAAAAUCCCUAAGACUAAAGGAGUAUCAGGAAGAGAAUGGACGGAGCAAGAGACACUCUUGCUGUUAGAGGCCUUAGAGGUGUACAGAGAUGACUGGAACAAAGUAUCUGAGCAUGUGGGCUCCAGAACGCAGGAUGAGUGUAUUCUCCACUUCCUCCGCCUGCCGAUAGAAGACCCUUACUUAGAAGACUCCGCGGCUUCCCUCGGCCCACUGGCGUACCAGCCCGUGCCUUUCAGCCAAUCAGAAAACCCCGUCAUGAGCACCGUGGCCUUCCUGGCCUCUGUGGUGGACCCUCGGGUGGCAUCAUCUGCAGCUAAGGCCGCACUGGAGGAGUUCUCCAAAGUGCACGAGGAGUCGCUGGAUAAGAUCUCUGAAGCGUCCAACCAGCCUGACAAAACAGAAUCAAUGGAAGUAGAGAAAAUUGAAACAAACUCCACCCCCCUUCAGAUCUCCCAGGUUCCUUUAAGGGCAGAUGGGCUCAAAGUGGAACCCAGUGUGGCCAAUGUGACGGGAGAACUAGUCAAAAGCGAAAAUGCUGAAAAUAUACUUGCAGAGGAGGGAGACGGAGUAAGAGUAGAUGACGACGAGAGCUUUGAUCAGGCAGAAGUGGAUGAGGGGAGGUUGUUGGAGCAGGAUCUGGUGGAUGGCAGCGUUGUCACGGCAGCAGCUGCUGCUCUUUCCUCCGCUGCCACAAAGGCCAAGCACCUGGCAGCAGUAGAGGAGAGGAAGAUCAAGUCCCUGGUGGCUCUGCUGGUGGAGACCCAGAUGAAGAAGCUGGAGAUCAAGCUGAGACACUUUGAGGAGCUGGAGACCAUCAUGGACCGAGAGAAAGAGGCUCUGGAGCAGCAGCGGCAGCAGCUCCUCUCUGAGAGACAGACUUUCCACACCGAGCAGCUCAAACAGGCAGAGAUCAAGGUUCGUCAGCAGAGGGAGCAGCAGGCGCAGCAGGCGCAGCAGGCGCAGCCGGGAUACACCGUGCAGCCAACAGCUGUGCCUCCUGCUUCAGCUCAGCCCAUGCCCAACAGGAUGAUUCCUGGUGGAGUAAACGCCCAGACAAUGGCUCCUCGACAUCCUGGAGCUCCCAAUGGCAUGUACCCGUCCUCUCAGCCUGAUGGGAUAGCACCAGCUCAGCCGGGCCCUCCAGCAGCCAGUCACAACUGAACAGACCAGAACAACAAAAUGCACACAUACCAGUCCUCCUACGUCCGAGAAAAUUCAAGGAACACCGGCAGAAAUGUUCAGUAACAAUUAAGAAGUUUAAUAACGUAACUAUUCUGUACUAGUCACAUGUUUAUAGACACACAAGCACAUGGACGCAGUUAAUGUGUAAUUUGGUCAACGGCUCAGUCCGUCUUAUAUCUGUGAAUUAUUUGUGCUCUGCCGUCAGAGUUGAGGAAUCUGAAGAUUUAACUCAACUCAUUAAAGUUGUUUUACAUGAAACCAAAUGUA